AUGCGAGAGACGUUAUGCCAGUCCAGCAGCGUGUGUACAUCUGUUGAUCGUGUCAAAAUCAAGAGACUAUAUACGAUGACCUCGGGUAGGGAAGACGUCAAACGUUACUGGCUGCAGGUUCUCGCAAUGACCGGGGAUGAAGCUUCGUGCUCGCUAGAGAGAACAAAAGGUCAGCAACCCGAUCCCGAUAUUGACUUGAAGGCAUGCGUGCCAGAGACCGAAGAGCCGCGGAAUCACAGCGUCAUUUCUGCAUUCAUCGCAUUUGAAGGUGGGUACAAUGGUCAAGGAUUCGGUUACCGAUCGGUGGGCCUUAGCCAAACGUGGGACGUCCACAUCGAUGCGUGGCGACUGAAUCGAAUCUACAGUGACUCAAGCUGCCUACACGCCAAUGCAACCCAAGAGCUUCGGACUGACAGCAUUCGAUUUCAACGAGUAACACCCAGGAAGGACACCGUGGGCGAAGGGUUACCGGACACUGUCCUUCAUCGGACGGAACAUGGCAACUUGGCGACGGAGUACCGAAACGUACAUUCAGCGGUAGUCAAAACAAGCCAUGUUCGUUGUUGUCAUGCUAUCGCGCUGCGCAGCGGGACAACCCACGUGUAG